AAACCAUUCAUCUUUCAGAAAGAAAGCUCUGAAAGAAAAAUAGCAUGUCUCUUGCAUCUUCCUCUCUUCCUCUUUUGGCUCAAGAUGCACCACCUCACAUCACGCGACCUUCUGCAAAUUUUCCUCCAAGCUUUUGGGGAGAUACUUUCCUUCACUAUCAUUCAGAUUCACUGGAAAUCGAUGACAAUACGAAGCAACAAUUUCAAACGCAAAAGGAAGAAGUGAAGAAGAUGUUUUUAUCUUCAAACAAUAGUAUCUUACAAAAACUAAAUUUCAUUGAUUCGUUGCAACGUUUGGGUAUAUCUUAUCAUUUUCAACAUGAAAUUGAUGAAGCAUUAGAAGAAAUCUACAACUCAUCUACAAAUGAUAAUGUGAUAAUAGAGGAAGGUUGUCUUCACUAUCUGGCGUUACUAUUUCGUUUGCUCAGGCAAAGAGGGUAUCAUAUUUCGUCAGAUAUAUUCAACAAAUUCAAGAACAACAAAGGAGACUUUGAUCAAAACAUUGCCAAAGAUGUACAAGGAUUGUGGAGUUUGUUCGAAGCUUCACAGCUAAGGAUUCACGGGGAAGAUAUAUUAGAUGAAGCACUUGAUUUCACACACAUUCAUCUCAAAUCCUUGAUUGAUCAAAUGAGUGCAUCCUUUGCUGCACAAAUAAGUCAUUGCUUAAGGAAACCACUUCACAAGGGAAUUCCUAGGUUGGAGGCCAGACGUUACAUUUCCUUCUAUGAACAAAAUCCUUCACAUUGCAAAGUUCUUCUUACAUUUUCAAAACUAGAUUUCAAUAUGCUACAAGAAUUGCACAAAAUGGAAGUCGGGAGUAUCACCAGAUGGUGGAAAAUGUCAGAAUUUGCGACAAAGGUGCCUUACGCAAGAGAUAGGGUAGUUGAGUUUUAUUUGUGGACAGUGACCAUGACUCACGAAGCUGAAUAUAGUAUUGCAAGAAAGAUAGAGAGCAAAUUGAUUGGUUGUAUCUCUCUUCUAGAUGAUACUUAUGAUUCCUACGGCACAGUAGAAGAACUUGAACUCUUCACACAGGCAAUUCAAAGAUGGGAUAGUAAUUCAAUUCAAUCUCUCCCAGAUAGCAUGAAAGUAGUGUUUAAUGCAAUUGUAGAAGUGUGUGAUGAAGUAAGGUUGAGUACCUUAGAGAGUGAAAAAUCAAGCAUAGUGGUGCAAUGUGUUCAAGAAGAUUUUUAUAACUUGGCCCGAGCCUACUUGAAUGAAGAAAAAUGGAGGCAUGAGGUUUAUGUUCCAACAUAUGAAGAGUAUAAGGAUAAUGGAGUUAUAUCUUCUGCAUGUCUUAUUAUAAUGAAGUCAUUUCUUCUCCUGGCAAAAUCUUCAGUCCAAGACAUGUUUGAUUGGAUUUUGAGUAAGCCAACAAUCAUUGCAGCUGUUUCACUUAUUGGCAGACUAAUCAAUGACAUAUCCUCACAUAAGUUUGAACAGCAAAGAACGAACGUGGUUUCAGCAGUUGAAUGUUGUAUGAAGCAAUAUGAGAUUUCAGAGGAAGAUGCGUACAAAUUGAUUAAAGAAGAGAUUGAAGAUUUGUGGAAGGUUAUAAAUGAAGAGUAUCUCAAGUCAGACCUUGUCCUCAAGCCCGUGCUUGAUUGUAUUCUUAAUAUGGCCCGCAUACUGGAAAUUGUGUAUGAAAACUUUGAGGACAGAUACACAAAUGGGAAACUAUUGAAAGAUUGCAUUGUUGCGUUACUUGUGGAUCCCAUAAGCAUGGAGGAGGACAAGUAACAGAAGUGAUAUUCAUCAUACAUAACUAUUUACAUAUUUAUUUUGCAUCUAUUUUGUUUGAAUGCAUUCCAUAUUUUAGUUGGAAGUGAUUAAUGUAUAUUUUCAUUGUUAUUCAUAUGAGGUCUUACUAUCAGUUCUUGUUGUACAACUUAUUUUGGCUCCGGACAUGUUAUUAUCCUACUUAACCUAUAUGUUGAUGAUAUGUUUGUGAUCGAAAGACUUGACGAAUAAAUAAGGAGAUUCACAGCUGU